GCAGCAGCUCACCUAGUGCAAUGAAUAUCAUCAGCUAGCUUGAGGUGAUUGUUCAUUAAUUCAUUAGUGCAAACACACACCCUCGGCUGACACAGAACACCUGAUCUAGCUAGCUGAAGAGAGAGCUAGAGCUAAAGAGAAGCAACAGAACAAGAUAUUUUGACUUCAAUCGAGUGUACAACAAUACUCUUCAAUGGACCCCCGACGGUUUGGACCCCCUGCUGAGUGGGCCUCCCACCACUCCCCUGUGAGGAGGUUCGCUGCGGCAGCAGCUGUUUCCUCACCCUCACCCCCGGCCAAGAAGACCGGGCGGAAGCAUCCGGGCAAAGCUAUCCUGGCGGGUGGCAUUGCUGGGGGUCUUGAGAUCAUGAUGACCUUCCCCACAGAGUAUGUAAAGACGCAACUACAACUAGACGAGAGAUCGGCUAAACCAAAAUACAAUGGUCCAAUAAACUGUGUGAAGGUGACAGUGAAGGAGCACGGUGUACUGGGUCUGUACCGAGGCCUCAGCUCACUGCUCUAUGGCUCCAUACCCAAGGCAUCAGUCAGGUUUUCAGUAUUUGAAUAUCUCAAAAACAACAUGUCCGACGAGAACGGUAACCUCAACAAGAAGCAGGUGCUUCUGGCUGGCCUGGGGGCCGGAGUGUCUGAAGCCAUACUAGUCGUGUGUCCCAUGGAAACGGUCAAGGUCAAGUUCAUUCACGAUCAGACGCAACCCAAGCCGCAGUACAAGGGCUUCUUCCACGGAGUGAAGACUAUCGUUAAACAAGAAGGACUCCGUGGCACCUACCAAGGACUCACCCCCACCAUUCUAAAGCAGGGCUCUAACCAAGCUAUCCGUUUCUUUGUGUACACCUCACUAAAGAAGUACUUCCAGGAUGGGGACAAUACGGUCGAUAUCGGGAAUUUACGAACAUUUUGCAUCGGUGGAAUUGCCGGAGCUACUAGUGUGUUUGGGAACACACCCAUUGACGUCGUCAAGACAAGAAUGCAGGGACUUGAUGCACACAAGUACAAGAACACUUGGGAUGUGAUCACUAAGAUAGCCAAAAACGAAGGGUUCAAAGCGUUCUACAAGGGGACUACCCCUCGGCUGGGGAGAGUGUGCUUUGAUGUGGCCAUUGUCUUCACGUUGUAUGAGAACGUUAUGAAGCUCCUAGACUGGGCAUACCCCACUCCAAACUGGCAAUAACUUCAUAAUUAUUUAUUAUAGCUUCGUAUUAUAUGUAUGAUUUUAUUACAUGCGUACAAACUUGUACAUGUGCUAUGUAUACUCAGUGUCAAAUUCAUAA